AUGUGUGAUGACAUAACCUCUGACAGCGUGACCCCUGACUCGACUCUCACUUUUGCUUUCACAGGAGAGGCCUACAUAAGACUAAACAAGCUGUCUGAUGCUGAACACUGGUACAGAGAGUCCCUGCGAGCCAAGCCAGACCACAUUCCAGCACACCUCACCUAUGGCAAACUCCUGGCUAUGACGGGGCAGAAAACAGAAGCGGAGAGGUACUUCCUGAAGGCCAUCCAACUGGAUCCCACAAAGGGCAACUGCUACAUGCAUUAUGGUCAGUUUUUGUUGGAGGAGUCGCGGCUGCUGGAGGCGGCGGAGAUGGCAGAGAAAGCCGCGCGCCUCGACAGCGGGGAGUUUGAUGUGGUCUUCAGUGCGGCCCACAUGCUCAGACAAGCCAGCCUGAAUGAGGCAGCCGAGAAGUAUUAUGGACAAGCAGCGAGCCUCAGACCCAAUUAUCCUGCCGCCUUGAUGAAUCUGGGGGCAAUCCUCCACCUCAACGGGAAGCUGCAAGAAGCUGAAGCCAAUUACCUCCGAGCACUUCAACUGAAACCGGAUGACACCAUCACCCAGUCCAACUUGCGUAAGCUGUGGAACAUCAUGGAGAAACAGGGCCUGAGGACCAUGAGCCCCUGAGCUCACCCUGCUCGCCUACCUGCCAUCUGCACGCCAGACCUGGGGGGAAAAAGGACGGCCUACACGCUCCUCAUUCGCUCUUCUCAUCCAGGAAAGACGGAAGAGACUCAGGGAGGAUGUUUGCUCAGAGAGGCCAUGACUGUGCAGCACAGCCCUCCUAAUAACUCCUGAGCUCUGCAUACACCUCAGGCCAGCAGCAGAAGCAUUGCUCACAGUUUGGCAGGCACUGCGUGGUAUUUGGACUCUUUAGAACUUUGUUCAAAAUAAGUGCUCUCACAGGAACCACGUUUUUGUUUUUUUGUUUUUUUUGUUUUAUAACUAGAGCACUUGAACUUGAAGCGAGACCAUAGGUACAUUCUUCAACAUUUGUGAUGAAUUAGGGUUUUCUAAAUAAGCAAUUGUAGUUCAAAGGGGUGAAAUUUGUCCCUGAGCAGUGUGAGAUAAAAUAUAAAAGAAAGAAAAGAAUCUCAGAGCACUGCACUGAGGGUAUUUUCAAUCACCAUUUAAUGAAGUUCUUGGUUUUAUCAGACGUUCAUUCUUGUUAAUGAAGGAAAAAAAGGCAAUAUGAAGACCUGGAUACCAUUCAGAAUCACCAAAUUAAGUUUUUAGGUUACUAAAAUCUCAAUCUAAAACUUUGUUUUUUCCUCAUGAGAUUACACACACUUCAUCAUAAAGACAUGAAAAUUCACACCAUCAUUGCAAACCAUUUGUAGCAGAUGUCCUGAUAUUUGGUGAAAGCUUGAAAAGGGAAUUUAAUAUGGUAGCCAUUACAGCACAACAAUAGCCUCUAAAAGCUCCACGAAGGCUGGACUUUGCCAAAAACAGUAUGUUUUGGCAAGAAAACUCAAAAGCAAAGGAAAUGGGACUCUUUUCACAUUGUACUGCCUUAUUAUAAAAGGUGUGGAUCUUCUCUAGCAGUGUACAGUAGCAUACAGGUGGCAUUUUUACCACCACUGCCUCUUGUUCUGCACUGGCAAAGAAGCCAAGUCACCAUGGUAACUCAUUUGUCGGCAACAGUAAGAAGCUAUGAAUGGAAAUAUAAAAAAAAAACCUUCCUGUGGAAGUCACAGACAACAAAGAGGCAGGUACUAAAGUCUUGAGUACACGUCUCCCCACACGUCUGGAGUUUUCACACCGAUGAGAGUUCUUCUAACCAAAUACAAACGCUAUGCCGAUGCACACCUUUUCAUCACAGAUAUAGCACGGCUGAGGGAAAUGUUUUAAUGCCUGUGUUUUUUGUUGGAAUAAAACUAAUUUCAUUGUGUUUGUAUAAAUGAAUCCUAAUAUAUACCUACAUUGUAUAUAUAGUAUACAGAAAAUCUUGCAGCAAAAAAGUAGCCAGACUUAAAGCGGACGCUCAGAUACUGAGCAAGUUUGGUUCAUCACAUGAAGUAUUUCCCAUAAUGUCAAAGCUCAGUCUUAAGGUCUCAUUUUGUAUAUAUUCUGUGUAAUUAACAUCUAUCUGUUUGUUUGUUGUUGCCAGCAUACGGUAAGUGAAACAGCACCUUGCGGGAAGUAAGAAUAUGUACAGUAUUUGUGAUCAUUUGUUUGUCAUUGGCCACAAACCUCCUGAACUAUCUGUGUCCUUAGUUUAUACAUUGUAAGUUAUUGCUUUGUGUUACCUUAGCAACAGAACCAGCUGGCACUGUGUUUUUUACAUGUAAAAUGAAGGAAGUUGGCAGAUGUGAUGUACACGAGUACAGUGGAGGAUAAAACAUUGAAUAUAUGUCACAAUGGUGUCAACACUGUUCUGUUUUUGACUGUGAUGGUCACUAGUGAUAUGUCUGGUAAGAUAAUGACAGUUCAUUCCUGCCCCCGCACCUCACACACCCCAUAGUCAAAGAGCUCGCUAAGUUCUCCUGUGUAUAUAAAGUGUUUAUGAACAAACACUGAUCAUUGUUAUUGCUUGAGUGAAGAUGUAAAAAACUCUGUGUCUCUGCUCAGGGAUCUCAAGCGGUGGGUUAUUGCAGAAACUUGUUCACAGAGCGUUUACUAAAUUAAAGAUUUAUUUUUGAAAGUUGUUGUAUUUGUAUAAAUUAUCGAGAUUUGUAGCCUUUUUCUCCUUUUUGUAAUAUAAAGAUGAACAAUGUGCCAGAAUAGACUUCUUUUCUUCCCAAUGUUGCUUUUUUUUCCACAAUAAAUUUAUGGUGUUCUGCUUUUG